CAGCAGUUGGCUCGGAAAAAUGGCAUAUUCUUUAACUUGGCCCAACAUUUCCCUUUUAUAUUCAAUAUCUUCAAGAAGCAAUAUCCACAACCUUUCAGCAGUGAGCGUCCACAUUCUUCUGAGGUGACAAACUCAACUGGCAUUGGUGAAAUGCCUGAUAUAAAUUCCUUGAAUGGCAAAACUGAAGAUGCAGAGAUUUUCUUCAACGAAAUCCAAACACUAUUGAGCAAUAAUGAUGAAGAAAUCAGCUCUCUAAGUAUUGGUUCUGGUGAAAGCGAGGUAGAAUUUUCUGAGGCUGACUCCUCUUCUUCCACUCAUUCCUUCAAUUCUGUAGGAGUACCUAUGUUUAAGAGGGAGCUUCUUAGUAGAGGAAAUUUGUGGUCAGGUCAUCUGAGUGAAUGUGCCAAAGAAGAAGCUAACAUUUCAGAGGAAACUAUGUUGUUUGACAACGUGUGCAUCCAGAAACUUCCUGUUGGUGUGAAACAUUUUGAACAGUCGGCAGACAGUCUUCUUGCCUCGAACAUUAUACAGGAAGGGGAGAGAGUUGAUGACAACAAAAAGACACAGCCUCGUGCCUUGUCAAGUGUGUCUUGGAGUAGAUUUACAGAUGCUGGUUUCCCUAUAAUAUCAGAUUACAACAAUAAUGCAUCUGUAAUUGAAAAAGGGAAUUCCAUCAGCAAUUCAAAGAAGCAGGGGGAUCUUUCCAUUCGUGCUGCAUCUAUGUUGGUAAAUUACAUUUCUGGCCUAAUCUUAAUGUUUGUCCUUUCAACUUAAUGGAAGAAACAUUAU